CAAAAUGGAUGCCAUACACAUACACUGGCUGAGAGCACAGCGAGGGAGGGAAUCUGAUCCUCUCCCUGUCAUGCUUGCAUCUUACAUGUCUGAUAAAAGGCACACGGCCAGUAUAUGUCUGUAUGGGCUUUAAAGGCUUUAAAGGGAGUGAGGGACUUGGUUUUCAGGAGGUUUUUUAGCAACAGUGAGGAGCAGUCCUCUCUGCAUUGCAGUACUGUGGCUGAGGAGAGCGGGGAGAAGAGAGCCUGUGUGGCACACCGAGCUGAGCACCCAAUCAGGCACCUCCGUGUGGUGCUCAAACCAAUCGGCAGCCUGCAGCCGAGGUUAAAGAUUGACAAUUGCAGGAGAGAGCAGCAGGGAGAGAAGGCCUUCUGGGAAACCUGGACCCAUCUUUUCCCUCAUCCCCCAACGCCCUCAAUAAUUGAAAAAGAUUUAGGAAUAGGCUGAAGAAUCUGUAUGUGAGAAAGGAAAAAGUCUGUCAGAGGACGAGGGAAAUACUGAGAUUACAGAAGACGGAAUGGAGAUCUCAACACGGUCCAAAGUUUCAGACACGGGGUCAACAGAGAGGAUGACCCAGAAACGAAAGAUGCCAAGUCCUGCUCACUCAUCCAAUGGUCACUCGUCUGCUGAAACCUCCCCCUGUCCAAUGAAAAAGAAGAAGAAACCAGGUGCUCUUAGCAGCAGCAAAGACCAGUCAGAACUAAGACAUGGUCCCUUUUACUAUGUGAAGCAGCCAGCACUCACCACAGACCCUGUUGAUGUUGUACCGCAGGACGGCAGGAAUGACUUCUACUGCUGGCUGUGCCACCGCGAGGGCCAGGUGCUCUGCUGUGAGCUCUGCCCCAGGGUGUACCAUGCCAAGUGCCUCAAACUACCAGCCGAGCCCGAGGGCGACUGGUUCUGUCCGGAGUGUGAGAAAAUAACAGUUGCUGAGUGUAUAGAGACUCAGAGCAAAGCCAUGAUGAUGCUAACUAUAGACCAGCUGUCUUACCUACUAAAGUUUGCCCUUCAGAAGAUGAAACAGCCAGGUGAUCAUCCCCGCUUGUCAUCUCGCUCCCCCCAUGCAGCUUCCACGCAGAGAAAGACUUUUAAUUGGACUGAACCCUUCCAGAAACCGGUCUCUCUUGAACAGCAUCCAGAUUACGCAGAGUACAUUUUUCACCCUAUGGAUCUUUGCACACUUGAGAAGAAUAUUAAAAAGAAAAUGUAUGGCUGUACAGAGGCCUUUUUGGCAGAUGCAAAAUGGAUUUUGCACAACUGUAUUAUAUACAAUGGAGGCAAUCACAAACUCACAGCAACUGCUAAAGUGAUUGUAAAAAUCUGUGAGCAUGAGAUGAACGAGAUCGAAGUUUGUCCUGAGUGUUAUCUGUCUGCUUGUCAAAAGAGAGACAACUGGUUCUGUGAGCCUUGUAGUAACCCACACCCUCUGGUGUGGGCCAAACUGAAAGGAUUUCCAUUCUGGCCUGCUAAAGCUCUGCGGGACAAAGAUGGACAGGUGGAUGCUCGCUUUUUUGGUCAGCAUGACAGGGCUUGGGUUCCUUUAAACAACUGCUACCUCAUGUCCAAAGAGAUUCCAUUUUCUGUGAAGAAGACCAAAAGUAUCUUCAACAGUGCCAUGCAGGAGAUGGAGGUCUACGUAGAGAACAUGAGGAAGAAGUUUGGUGUCUUUAACUAUGCCCCCUUCAGGACACCAUACACUCCUGACAACAACUUUCAGAUGCUGCUGGACCCCUCCAACCCCUCAUCCACCCCAGUCAAACCUGAGAAACAGGAGAAGAUCAAGCUGAGCUUUGAUAUGACAGCAUCACCCAAGAUCCCUUUGGCCAGGACCAUGUUGACUGGAAUAGGAGGGGGCACAGCGGGUCGGCGGCUCCCUCUUGGUGACAUGCCUCGCUCCCCCAUGAGCACUAACUCCUCUGCCCAUACUGGUUCGGAUGGGGAGCAGGAAACACCGGACAAGUCCCAGACAAAAGCCCCAAACAGCCAGUACAGUGCGGGAGAAGAGUCCAUGGACUGUACAGCCUCACCUGCCCAUCCUCGACCUGGUCCUGCAGGCAGCUCCCUGGACAGCCCUAAACCAUUCCAUUCUCAAACUCCGGGCAUCCCCAAGCAGGAGAAGGCACCACCGACAGGAAGCAUUCUGAACCUCAACCUAGAUCGAAGUAAAGCAGAAAUGGACCUAAAGGAGCUCAGUGAAACAGUUCAGCAGAAACAAGGAGCUGCACCAGUCCUCACCUCUCCGAAAAGACAGAUCAAGAGCCGUUUCCAGCUGAAUCUGGACAAAACCAUUGAGAGUUGCAAGGCACAGCUUGGUAUAGAUGAGAUCUCUGUUGAUGUGUAUAAAGGUGUGGAACACAGUGACUCAGAAGACUCCGAUAAAUCAGACUCCAGUGACAGUGAGUAUGCCAGUGAUGACGAGCAAAAGACCAAGGAUGGUCAGGAUGCAGCACCGAAUGAUGAAGCCCAGAAGGAGCCUACCAAAACUAAAGUCAAAGACCAAUCUUCCCAGAACCAAGAUAAGGAGGGUAAAGCUGAUAAACUCGUGGCAGCAGAUUCUGCAGCAGGCGACGCCUCUGCAACACUGUCAGAUGCUCCAACUAAAGAGAAAAUCGGCAAAGAUUCUGAAAAAGAGAGCCCAGAGAAGAUGAAAGCACCUCCAGCGUCACCUGCUUCCAGAGAGAAGUCUCAGGUGAAAGAGGAGGCAAAGCAGCUCGCACAAGUGGAGGACUCUGACUCAGAGAGAGAGCUGGUUAUUGACCUCGGAGAGGAACAGGGAGGCAAGGACAGGAAGAGGAGCCGAAAAGACAAUGCUCUUAAAGAUUCUUCUGCUGGUAAACCUGAAGGUAAAGCCCUGACUCCAUCGACACUCCCAUCUCAAAACAGUACAGCUCCUUCCACACCCUCCAGUGUUUCCACACAGUCCCCAAUGGCUAUUCCUGUCACCAUGGUUUCCUUCACUUCUCCCUCUCCCGCAACCAUAAGCCUUACAACUGUGUCCAGUGCCACAGCAACACCCCCGUCUUCUUCCUCCUCCUCCUCCUCAGCCUCCACCACACCAGUGUUGAAGAAACAGCGCCCUCUGCUGCCUAGAGAGUCGGUGCCAGUGGUGCAGAGAGCUGUGGUGUGGAAUCCCACUGCCAAGUUUCAGACCUCCUCUCAGAAGUGGCACAUGCAGAAGGUGCAGCGUCAGCAACAGAACCAGCAACCUGUGGCAACAACACAGCCGUCGUCUCCUAGGCAAGGCCAGGCUCAAGGACAGACACAGGCCACUGGGAACGGCUCGACAGUGGUAUCCUCAUCUUCAGCACAGCAGUCUUCACAAAGCACACGCUAUCAGACCAGACAGGCUGUCAAAGCUGUUCAACAAAAAGACACUCCACUCAGCACAUCCACGUCAGCUGUCACUCUGGUAUCCAGUAGUCCAGCUUCUGUUGCCAUGAUGGCAACAUCAAGUUUAGGCACAGCUGCUACAUCUUCACCAGUGGCAACUGACCUGUAUAUUCCCACUGCCUCAGCGGAUGUGGCUGCAGAUAUUGCCAAGUACACAAAUAAAAUAAUGGAUGCAAUCAAAGGUACAAUGACUGAAAUCUACAAUGACCUCUCGAAGAGUACUUCAGGGAAUACAAUAGCAGAGAUCAGGCGGCUGAGAAUCGAAAUAGAAAAAUUGCAGUGGCUGCAUCAACAAGAGUUGUCAGAAAUGAAGCACAAUCUUGAGCUUACAAUGGCAGAGAUGAGGCAAAGUCUGGAGCAGGAGAGAGAAAGGUUGGUGACUGAGGUAAAGAAACAGAUGGAGCUGGAGAAACAGCAAGCAGUGGAUGAGACAAAGAAGAAACAGUGGUGUGCUAACUGCAGGAAGGAGGCCAUCUUCUACUGCUGCUGGAACACCAGCUACUGUGAUUACCCCUGUCAGCAAGCCCACUGGCCAGAACACAUGAAGUCCUGCACUCAGUCAGCCACAGCCCCACAGCAAGAACCUGAGGCUGAGUCGACAGCAGACCUCCCAAACAAAAGUUUAGGGCAGACUAGCAGUGGCCCGAACUCUCUCAGAGACACGCCAGCCUCUGCACCAUCAGACAAAGACUGUGAUAUGGAGAAGAGCACUGAUAACGUUGCUGUCACUUUGUCCUAACCGAGCUGACCAUACUUGAAAAUGUAAAUGUAUAGAUGUUUUUUUUCCACUACAAGGAUAUGUCUCUGUAAAUUGUCCUGUUCUGUUCAAGCAGCUGUUAAGGGAACAAUCUAAAUUCUUUUUAUUUAUAUAGUUUUGUUUGCCUUUCAGGGCUCACAUACUGCCCCCCAGUGCACAGUGGUCUAUGAAACAUUUUAAAUGUGGAAACAAGACUGACAGCAGAUAGUUAAUAACCACUAGAGGGGGCAGUUUAAAAAAAUGUAUACUGCAUAUUCAUACACUCCUUUGCAGUCUAUAGAGAGCUGUCAGUAUAAAGAUCUAAAACGCAUGCCUGAGUGUCACAAAACAUACACAUAGUGUAAAGGACAACAGUUCAAGACUGCAAAAAUGUAACCUAUGUUAAUGGACCACCCCAGCUUUAGGUUUAGAGGACUGAUGACAGAAAUGUCUGUAAAUUACUUAUUUUGUAUUCUAUGUUAAUUUAUUUGUUAUUCUAAUGUUGCCUGCUGUAUACUGCAAAGAAAAUAACAAAUACAAACAUUUUAAACAAGCUGUUUCUAUGGUUACACUGUGGUCUAAUUAGUUGUGAAUAGAGCUGCAAUUUCUUUUAACAAUUAAUUUGACAAUUAUUUUCUGGAUUAAUCUCGAUUCAGCACUUGGUCUAUAAAAUGUCGAAUUUGUGACCAUCAUUAGUAAACAGCAUUUUCUGCCA